UCCAAGGUGCCGACUCCCAACUCCCCGCCCCACCAGAACCUCUAUAAACUCCCCUCCUCGUCCCCCAUGCACCAAAGCCUCUUAGCCAAAGACCAAUUAAUGGAAGAGUUCCAGGAGGAUGAUGUUUUGUGGUCCGACGGCGAGCACCAGGACGACGACGACACGGUCUUGGAGAAGCAACCAUCCACCCGGCAGCAAGCUCGACGGAAGGAGUCGGCUCCGGUCGACAUCCCCCCCAAGGCCAGAGUUGGUGCAAGUCGUUCGUGGGCGCCGCGGUGCAGCUUCCACGAUUCUGACAACAAUAGCAUGGAUGGAGAUUAUGAUGAUGAUGAUGAUGAUUUCGGCAACAACAGCAGCGAUGAGAGGAUUCCACCUCACAUCAUCGUGGCCCGAAGAACAUCGGACAAGAUGGCGUUCUCGGUGUGCGUCGGCAAAGGCAGGACGCUCAAGGGACGGGAUCUUUACCGAGUCAGGAACGCCAUUCUCCGGAUGACCGGGUUCCUCGAGAGAUAACAAUAGCAUAAAUCCAAAGAAAUUACGGGAGAACUUUGUAUUAUAGUGAUUAAUUUUUCCUUGCUUAUACUUAUCGAUAUGUGGAACGGUUCAAGUCAGCAUUCGUAUUCGUUUAUUAUUAUUAUUAUUAUUAUUAUUACGAUGUGUUUAGGAAGAAUGUAGAUGUAGAAGCGUGAGGAAAUGUAACAGAGUUUUGAAACGGAAUUAAUGAUGCGAUCCUGUCAUUAUGGACUUACAUAUAAAUAUCUGAUUGUGAGCGA